CCCCAGGUCCGUUUUGGGUGGUGUUGGUGGCGGCUUGGUCAUGUCUUCGGACCAGCCCCAAGGAGGUCGGAGACGCCGAAGGACCAAGUUCAGCAAAAGCCAGUACAAGGUGCUCAUCGAGGCCUUCGAGAGGGACUCGUACCCUGAUAUUAUCGCCAGAGAAGAAUUGGCCAGACGAACCCAGAUUCCAGAGCCCAGAAUCCAGGUCUGGUUUCAGAACCGGAGAGCCCGAAUCCCGAAGAUCAGCCAGAGGAGGCCAGGUGUGGAGGCGGACGCCCAACUCCCAGGGCCCGUUCAGCGCAGCAGCUGCGCCCCAGACUGCCCGUGUCAGCAAAACCUUGUGGGGGCCCCGAGCGAUGCUGGACACUUCUCUGGGGAGUCCGGGGCUGUUGCUGCUGCUCCAGCCCUUCCCUCGGGGCAUGCUGAUGUCCUGAACGAGAAUGUGGCCUUGCCUGACCUGGAGACUCCAGUCAGUGCGCUGGGCGAGCCUUCCAGAAAUUUCCAUUACUCUCCCUUGACCUUCAGCCCUGAAGCUCUGUGUUCACUUCGGGCUCCCCUACAGCCCCUUUUCCAACAGGAAGCUGGCUUCAGCGGCGCUCAGCAGGGGGACCCAGGACAGCUCCUGUCCUACAGGGACUGCACCCUACAGGGGUGGGAGCAGCCUCCUCCCUCGGAACAGCAGCCAUGGUGGGGCUGGCAGCCUUCUCCCACACUGGAGCCCGAGAUGGCGCCCCAGCAGCCGCUACCCCAGCAUUUGGGGGCCUGGGAGCAGGCACCGCCGUCCCCUCCACCCUGGGAGCAGUGGCCGCAGCCCUCACCCAUGGAGGAGCUUGCUGGCAUUUGGAGCGGUUUUCCCACCUCCUUCAGAGACAGGAUGCUGGCGAAGGGCCCCGGGGCACCCCAGCCCUCAUCCCCACAGCUGUGGGGCAGCCCCUGAAGAUGCUCCCUGGGCAAGAUGUUGAAAUGACUUAACUCUCUGGCGGAUAGAGUAAAUCAGCAAUGAUCCUCUGUACACUUAAGGCAGAAUUAGAAAAGUGCAACAAUUUGUGUCCUUACCCCAGAGAGGUGCCCCAGACUAGCACUCUGGCAGCUGGGGUCUGUCAUAAGGUGCAGAGAACCCCCAGGGAAUCCUUAUGUGGGAGAAAAAGGGAUUUUUAAACCCUGUCCGUCCUGCCUCCUAUUAAUUGGUAAACGUGGAGCACUUACA